CCUGGGAAUAGUGUGAUGCCAGGCUCCUGUCCUGUGGCAGAAGGGCCCUGGGGCAUCACUGGGUGACUCUCUUCCUCACCUCCUGAGGUCAGUGCCCUGUUGCCAGCACCUCUUCUCAUGAGCCACUCUCAACUUUGGCUUCUCUCACCCAGCUGUGUUUUCCCAUAGUCCCCCACUGCUCAUGCUGGUGCGCCCAGUUGAAGGGUCCAGGGAUCAUUCUUUCACUUUUGUUCCCCCUAUACUUCAGGCUCAUGUGAGAAGCCAAGACCAGGUUGUCCAAGGCUCUCUUUUCAUACUUCAGCAAGCCUGAGUCCCAUGACCUCCCGGUGGCCCAACUUUUGUCUUGGUUCCACUCUAAGGUAGAGUCCUGUCUCCUCUUCCUCCAUCCCCACCCCACCCCCAAAGGACUGUCUCAGAAGCCCCAGGCAGCCUUGCCUCCUGACCUGAUGGCUAGACAUAGGGGCACUCCUAGGAGGAGUUUCAUGAACUCCAAACCUAGUUCCAUCUCCUGGCUUCCCUGGUUCUGUUCUGGGCAUCCCAUCACAGAGAACACAGAGACCACAAACCUCAGACACUUGGGUCUUGUCCUUCAUGCUUAAUCACCAGUCCUGGUCUUUCUGCCUCUGCAGACACUGGCGAGACCCUGAUAGUGAAUGCUUACUCCAGUUUUGCAUCCCGGGUGCCUCACUUAACCUCACCCUAGUCCUGGCCCUGCCCCAGCUCCAUUUGUCCCAUCAGCCACCAGACUGGUGCAUUCAUAUAGCUCUGUUGUUGUUGAAGCCAGCGCUGGGCUGCUUGCUCCCCUACUUCCCUGGGAGGCGCCCUCUCCUUUUUAGGGCCAAAGCUCCAGUUUAUGUUCCAAGUCCUCAGCUUGACUCUGAGAGGUUCCUGCACACAAGGCUGGAGAGUGCUGUCAGCAUAGUUCCUGUGUCAUGGCUCAUGUGGGUCUGGACACAGCUGGACUGAGUGUUGAGCUUUGAAGGGGGGGGAUUCUGAAAAAGAGGACUCUUUGGGGCUUCUUGGGAGCCAGGUAGGGGGAAAUUUAGACUUCCUAGUAAACCUAGACCUAUAGUUCUGGCCAUAUAGUUUGUGGGGUGGUGGGUGGGGGCAGGGUUGGUGGUUGGAGGAAGUGGAGAGCCUGAGAAAGGCCAGGAUGAUGGGCUGGUGUGACAUUGAGCCUGGAGUGGUCAAAGCGAUCCAAUAUGGGGCCCCCAGUGCCAAGGAGAGCUAACCCCUUGAAUAUCAGUGUGAAUGUGAAAGAAGCAUGAAGUCUGCUCGUGUAGAAGCAAAGGCUGGUUCCGAAGAGCAAAGGUGGAUGCCAGAGUCCUAACCCUUGACUGGGACAGAAGAAUCCAUCUGCGGGAGACUCAUAAGUUCAUACCGUAUGUGCCCCUGGGAGGGUGAAGCUGAGCAGGGACGAAAGAUCCAGUCUGAUGCCACUUGGAGAGUAGGGGGGCGGGGGUCUGUGAGUUAGCAGGAAGGUUCUGGGCCAUCAUGAACUUCGGCUCCCAGAAGAGGUGCUGUGUACAGACUGGACCCAGACUGGCAUUAUGUGUGUGCCCUCUGUUAAUAACUCAGAGCCUACUCUGGAUUCCAUGGUUAGAACAAAAGUGAAAGUGAAAUAGAGGGGAGUGGAGAAUGUUUUCCCAGAAGGAUUUCACUAAUCCUGUCCUUCCCGGAACCAGCUCCAGUGAAGAGAGCUUUGCCUCUCUUUGUGACGGGGUAAGUCCUUGGCCCCUCUUUGGGUCUGUUUCUCCAUCCUUAUAAUGAAGGGGUUAGAAUGGACACAUAACCACAUAAUGUUAAUGGUAAUAAGAGCUAGAGUGGGGAAAGACGGUUACUAGAUGAUCUUCAGCUUUGUUGCUACAUUCUGAAAGAGCUCCAGCCUGUGCUGGAUGGGAUGCCUGGAGUAAAUAAAUAGCAUUGCCUGGCAACCCACUCAGUUCAGACCGAGGGACAGCUGUGGAGUCUACAGGAAGGACAGGCCCAUACAAAUGGCUGGGAUCCAGACAAGCCACUGAGAAGAUGUGAGAGAAGUAGUUUACUCCCAUUCUCCUCCCCCACCAGCCCCAGAGAGGAGGAAGUUGUCACAGUUAAAUAGAGCCAGGCACGCCAGCUCCUUACACAUCCGUCAAGACCAUGAGACAGAACCGGACACCAGAUCCCAGGCCUUUGCCUGUCCUGCUCCUAUGUGCCCACCUAGUUUCUCACCUGGCUGGAGCCACACCUCCACCUCAGGCCACCACCGCUUUCAUUGGCUCAUCUGGGAUCACAAAGGACCCCUGCCCCUCCGGGCUCCCAACAGCUAAGCAGUGCCCAGCAAUGGAGGUGACCUGGCCGGAACUGGAAGUCCCACUGAAUGGAAUGCUGACCUUGUCCUGUACCGCCUGUAGCCGCUUCCCCCACUUUAGCAUCCUGUACUGGCUGGGCAAUGGUUCUUUCAUCGAACACCUCCCAGGUCGGCUGAGGGAGGGCAGCAUCAGUCGGGAGCGCCGGGGCCCACGCACCCAGCUGCAGACGACCCUCAUGCUAGAGGAGCUGAGCCCCACCCUGCGCAAUACCAACUUCUCCUGUGUUUUUGCCGAUCCUGAGCAGACUGCCCAGCGUCACAUCGUCGUGGCCCAGCUCUGGGCUGGGCCGAGGACAGUUGCGCCCUGCACUCAAGAAACCUCACCCUCCAGCGGGUCCCCUCUGCCUCACCAUCAAGACAGGUGAACUCCAGAACCUGGAUGAACAUCCUUACCUGAGCUGCCCUUGCAGCUCUGGCCUUCUUCUGCAUCGACUUAAUAUUGUAUUCUUUCUUUUUUCCCUUUAAUGGACUGUCCCAGGGAAGGGUGGGGGUAGAUGCUGUUUCUGAUCCACAGCUGCCUGGGUCCACAAUGGGUACUCAUAAAUGAUUUUUCAGUGGA